UUUCCGUAUUGGGUGUUGGAAACAGACUACACUCAAUACGCUUUCGUCUAUGGCUGUUACAAUGUCUCCGCUGACGGAACCUGCGAUGAGGCCCAAGCAUGGAUCUGGAGCUGAACACCGACGUUUCCACAGGUUAUAAUGGACAAAGCUCCGUCCUUCUACAACAGAACCUGCCUUCCAUCCUCUACCUUCCUGAAAACAAAACAAGAAAAGGAAUGCAGUGCACCUGCCCAGUACAGGACUUCGCCAGAACAAAGCUGCCAGGUCUCGGAUGUACCGAUACAAUUGGACUUCGACAUGAAACUGUUUAAUGGUACCUGGUAUGAGAUGCAGUGGCUGGCACAGAUGUUCUUCCCUGCAUCUGAGUUGUUCCAGGAUUACCAGCACGAGUACAUCAUCCAAGAAGACGGAUCGCUGAAGGGGUACAUCAAAGGCAGGACCGAUAAGGGGUGUUUCUACAGACAAGUAUCGCUCACGUCAUCUGAAACUCCUGGGAAACUACAUUUCAACCUCACAGAAGGAGGUUCAGCUUACUAUCCAUACUGGAUCGUCGAUACCGACUACGACAACUACGCUGUCAUGUACGGCUGUCUGAACGUGAGCACAAGCGGAAACUGCACAGCUGCUAGAUCCACUGUAUGGAGUCGCCGCGAGUCUCUGGCUCCACGUUUCCAGUACCGCGCCAACACCAUCGUCCAGAAUCUGUGUGUGAACCCUGCAGCGUUCUUACUGACGUCACAAAAGAACGCCUGCGCAUCAUGUUACAAGCAGCCAUGUGGAACAGAAACUGGUGGAGGAGCUACAUACACCGCCGACAGCCAGCUGUUGAUAUUUGCAGUAACUGUUUUGUUGUCCAUUUAGUGUAGUGCGUUUAUGAGAGUGGAUAUAUUAUUUGGAGUAUAUAAACAUAUGAUUUCGUUUGAUUAGUACAAUGACAUUUGCACAAAAGGACAUUUACCAUGUGUUCAGUCGGCCAAUCAGAUUGCAUAUGUGUCUAGGCCAAUGUGGCGAUACAUACACAUUUUAUAAUAGAUAUAGUAUCAAUGUAAUAACAAAAAAACAAUGAAAUUCACGUAGGUAUAGUGAUGAUUAUCCAAUAUACUCAAUGAAUCAAUUAACAAUGUAAAGCCGCAAGUAAACUCUACGAAUUGUUUGCGGCAUCAAGACAAAUGUGAAGUAAAUAUAAUGCUCAGACAGAAUAUCCCGAGAAACAACUUUUAUUACAUCUGGACUCUGGACUUGAUUUAAGAUCGGAACAAAGUCCAAGUUUGAGAAUAAGCCAAGGAACAGCACAUGUGUCUGGAGGAGAAGAAGAAUCAACUCCGUUGAACUUUGCAACUCCAUGCCGUGAAGCAAGUUUCUGGACAAUCAGAAUGAAAGGGACCAUUCACAAAUGACACAGUCAUCACAAUCAUUAGCAACAUCAAUAGUUGAAAGAGCCGUAGAUUUCCGAGCAUUCAAAAUGGAGAUCUGAACCUAUUUCUGAACCUAUUUCCUGGGCAUCCGUGCAUACUCGCAAAGAUGUUGCUUCAAUCAGGUUAAAUUCAAAGAUGACUUUUUGAGGCAGACAUAAGAACCAGGUUAGCAUAUUCGAGUCUAGAUUAGAUGAAUGCCUCAUAAAUCAGUAACAUGGAAGAUUGAUCAGCCACCGUUCUUUGUCUUGGGGAUAUAUUUCAACAUACUUAUCACUUAACAACAUAUUAUAGACACACAUAUAUAUCAAGACAAUGUUAGUUUCUGAUGAAAAUAAACCCUGAUAUUCUA